AUGAGUGUCAUCGAAGAUUCCAUUCAGGUCGAGGAGGGAGAUCGUCUCGCUUGUCUCUUGAGCCUUUGCCCGCGCUAUGUCGUUGUUCCCCCCAACCCCCCAGAUGGCAUUGCUUUUGCGAUGACGGGAGAUUGUCAAGAUUGGGAACAGUUGACCUACUGGCACUCUGGCAUCUCUAACUGCAAGCCUGGCAUCUGGAAGGCAGAGGUCAAGAGCAUUCCUGGAGCCGAGCGAGGAGAUGCCGACUACGAGGCAUGUCUUCGUUGGGUGGCAGAUUUGGACGAAAGCACUGAGCUCGAGUUUGACGCCUCCCUUGAUGAAUGGCAGGCCUGGGAGCAAAUGUUCAAAGACAGAUUUGACGAAUCUGUUCAAUGGGACGAGGACAUCACCUGGAAGCACGGCGGCACUUACUACGACGAUGGAGGCAUUUUCAACGUCAUUUCCACGGCGUAUCUGACCCGUGAAGCGGCAGCCAAGGUGCUGGGUGAUGAUUUUAAUGAAGACGAGUAUGACGGAUAUUUGGAGGUGAUUACCCUCAACGACAACCCCAUCAACGAGGAAGAUUGCCAGAGAAACGAAGGCUUCACACUUGGAGGACUCCAUUUUAUACAAGACAGCAUCGGCGGCCCACCUGCGAUUGCCCUGGCUGAAAAGGAUGGCCAAGUCGUUGCGAUCAAGCUCUGGAGGGGCGAUGCCGAGACUAAGGAGGACACUCCUCUUGAAAAGCAGCCCGGCCAGCUCGUUUUCUAG